AUGCCUCCAAUACCACAGACGACAAACCCCCUCCCCAGGAUCAUAACCUACUACCAAACCCACCAUGACUCCGCCGGCAAGCACAUCUCCCUCCUCCCGCUCAUCACCCAGCCCGGCAUCUCCCUAACCCACGUCAUCCUCGCCGCCAUCCACCUCAACAACGACCCCAGCCACAUCACCCUCAACGACCACCCGCCUCACCACCCGCGCUUCGACCCCCUCUGGGCCGAGCUCCGCAUCCUGCAGGCCUCCGGCGUCAAGGUCCUCGCCAUGCUCGGCGGCGCCGCAAAGGGCUCCUACGCGCGCCUCGACGCCUCCGACGAGCAGUUCGAGCGCUACUACCGCCCCCUGCGCGACGUCGUCCGCGCCCGCGGCCUCGACGGCCUCGACCUCGACGUCGAGGAGGACAUGUCGCUCGGCGGCGUCGUCAAGCUCAUUGAUCGCCUGAGGAGCGACUUCGGCAAGGACUUCAUCAUCACGCUCGCCCCCGUCGCCGCCGCCCUGCUCGACCACCGGAGCAACCUCAGCGGCUUCGACUACGAGGCCCUGGAAGUCAUGCGCGGGCGCGACAUCGCGUGGUACAAUGCUCAGUUCUACUGUGGCUGGGGUGAUAUGAACAACCCCAUCAUGUACGAAAUGAUCAUCCGCAAAGGCUGGCCCAUCGAAAAGGUCGUCGUUGGGCUUGUGACCAACCCAGCCAACGGCAGUGGCUUUGUGAUGUGGGAGUUUCUCUCGGCCGUCCUGACUUUGCUCCGAGGCCGUCAUGAGCGGUUCGGAGGGGUUAUGGGGUGGGAGUACUUUAAUAGUCUCCCUGGUGGGCACGAGAGACCAUGGGAAUGGGCCAAGCAGAUGACGUCCGUCUUGAGAGAUGAUGCUUCUCUACAAAGCAUCCAACCCCCACCAAUUAACGAGUCAACGAAACCUGUUCUAGAAGUAGAGGCCGAUCCUGAUGCUCCCAGCGACAAGCCAGUUCCAGUCCCCAGCCAGUUCAACUACUAUUCAGAUGGCUCAGAUGCAUGA